ACGUGCGAAGUUAUGCAUCAAUACAUCGGUGUAUUUAUCGAUUUUUAUAUGCAUUUACCUGUGGAUAGAGUUUCAUUCAUGUUCUAGCUGAGCAGGACCGUUCUUGUCACAAAAUGGGUGACAAAUAUCAAGAAUAUGAUAAAGCUAUAGCAGACGCCGAUGUGAAAUCAAACAGGGAUUUGGAUCGUUUGAGCAAGAAGGAAAAUAAUGUUGAAUUCGAUAAGGAGUAUCAAAAGACGGAUAUGGAGAUGAAUAACACAGUUUUCCCUAAGGAAGCAGACUGUAAACGUGAGGCAGAUGGAUAUAGGAGGGAGGAAAAGGAAAACCAAACAGCAUUAGCGAAUCCUUCCACUAACAGAACCUACUGGGCCGCUUUGUUACUUUUGACAGUUCUGUCGCUGGUCACUCGUCUACAUAAUAUUGAACUACCAAAACAUGUCUGUUGGGAUGAAACACAUUUUGGAAAGAUGGGAGGCUGGUAUAUAAAGCGAACAUUUUUCUUUGAUGUUCAUCCACCGCUAGGCAAGAUGCUGAUAGGUUUUGCGGGCGUCCUGACUGGGUUUGAUGGAAUGUAUCCCUUCGAAAAACCAGGAGAUGAAUAUGGCGAGGAUGUUAACUACGUGGGCAUGAGGAUUUUCUGUGCCCUGCUAGGAGCUGCCUUGGUACCCCUAUGUUAUAUGUGUACAUGGCUGCUCACCCAGUCAACCAUAGCUGCCUUCUUCAGCGGAUUGUUAAUUUUACUUGAAACGGGGACGCUGGCGUUGUCCCGACAUAUCCUGCUAGAUCCUAUAUUGCUGUUCUUUAUUAUGAUGUCUACAUACUCAGUUUUAAAGUUUUUAUCUUACAAGGAUGACCCUUUCAGUUUAUGUUGGGCCUGCUGGCUGUGUAUGACCGGGAUGGCCUUGUCUGCAGCCAUAGGGGUGAAGUUUGUAGGUUUAUUUGUGAUAUUACAUGUUGGAGUAACAACCAUACUCGACCUCUGGAGAUUACUCGGAGAUAAAUCCAACACUCUGGUGGAUCUCGCCAAACAUUUUUUGGCCAGAGCGAUGUGCCUUAUAGCUUUGCCAGUGAUUAUGUACAUGGUAUAUUUCUUCAUCCAUUUUGUGGUGCUGAACGAAAGCGGUAACGGUGACGGAUUUUACAGUUCUGCUUUCCAGUCUCAACUCAAGGGAAACAAGCUUUAUAAUGUCAGCAUGCCAGAAAAUAUAGCAUUUGGGAGCAUCGUGACGCUGAAACAGAGGCGGACUGGUGGGGCUUAUCUUCAUUCCCACUGGCAUCUGUACCCAGAGGAACAUCCCCCGCGACAACAACAGAUCACCUCAUAUACCCACAAAGAUGAGAACAACAAAUGGCUAGUGAAACCGUCGGACCAUGACGUAGGGGAGGGGGAGGAGCCCCAGAUUGUCCGCAGUGGUGACCUCGUCAGACUAGAACAUGUUGGAACAAGAAGAAAUCUUCACAGUCAUCGAGAGCCUGCACCCCUGACCAAACAUCACUUUCAAUUGUCAGCAUACGGAUCGAAUGGUACGGGUGACUCAAACGAUAUCUGGGUUAUUGACAUUCCCGGCUAUGCUGUCGGGACCCCCAUACAGACAGCCCGGUCAAAAUUCCGGCUGAUACACUACUACGUUCGAUGUGCCGUUUGUUCAGGAGAUAAGAAACUGCCUAAAUGGGGCUGGGAACAGCUAGAGGCUACCUGUAACCCUAACCUGAAGGACACACGGACUCUCUACAGUGUGGAGGAAGUGGACGAUGCCAGAAUGCCAAAUUCCAGUUUUGAGUUAUACUCGCCGUCCUUCUGGGAAAAAAUUGUGGAGAGCCAUGCUGUAAUGACACAGGGAAACAGCAACCUUAAACCAAAGGAAGGAGAAAUCAGCUCCCAGCCUUGGCAGUGGCCGAUAGAUUAUAAGGGUCAAAUUUUCUCUGGGAAGUCUCAUCGUGUUUACUUGUUGGGGAACCCCAUGAUAUUCUGGGGGUGUCUGGCAGUGAAGAGUCUAUUUCUGGUAGUGUUUCUUGUGACGUCCAUCAGGACACAGAGGGGCGUCCGAUACACAAAAGUCUGGAGAGACUACAAAGAGAAGACAUUCAGGGCUUGUUGGUGGCUGGUGAUGGGAUGGGCCCUGCAUUAUCUCCCUUUCUGGCCGAUGACGCGUAUCUUAUACUUUCAUCACUAUUUCCCGGCACUUCUCUUCUCGGCCAUGAUGACCGGUGUUAUGUUGGAUUUCCUCAUCACUCUACUCUGUGUAUCUGUACCAGAGAAUUUGACUGUGUCUGUCUUUCACACAUGUUUGGGACUUGUCCUAUCAUCUCUGGUCUACAGUUUUUACCUGUUUCAUCCCAUGGUGUAUGGCAUGUCUGGUCCGAUGGCGAGUGAGGAGGGCAGCCAGAUGCAUGGGCUGCGGUGGCUGAGUUCCUGGGAUUUAUGAGGAAAGUAUGACUUUAAGACUGUGCUCUCUCAGCUCCACGGACUUAUUAAGAUGACAGCCAGAUGCACCAAGUUCCUGGAACAACCAUGAAUCUGUUAACUGGAGCAGCAGCAAGUAUUUUGGCCUUGUAUUGUAUGAAGAACUUUUACAUGUGUAAAUGUUAAUAUGAUACCAAAUAUAUUUACAAUUUUGUGAUUGACUCGCAGAUCUGUUCUCAAAAUAGGAAUUGAAUAAUUGUUUUGAGAGACUUUUGGGACCAGGUUUAUGUGGAUGCAAUAAGUAUGUGCCUUUUGUCAUUCAUCUCAAAUGUUUGUCAAUUCAAAACAUAUCCGAUCUGAUUUGUCCGAUAUUUAUUUCAA